AUGCCACCAUCUCCAGCUGCAUCGCUGGCGAGUAUAACGGGCGAACUGGAUAAGUUGACACCGCGAUUCGAUGUACCAGCCGACUGCAUUCAGAUCAUACAGUCACCGUCCGAGUUCUAUGCUACUCUAAAAGCGAAAAUUGCUGGUGCAAAACGACGUAUCUAUCUGUCGACGCUUUACGUUGGCAAGACAGAGCACGAGCUAAUUGAGACUGUACGGACGGCACUAAAGAACAAUCCUGAGCUCGAAGUAUCUAUACUAACAGACGCUUUGCGUGGGACACGAGAAGCGCCAAACCCAUCAUGCGCGAGCUUACUUGCAUCUCUCGUCCGAGACUUUGGCUCAGAGCGUGUCGAGAUACGACUAUAUCACACGCCGAACUUGACUGGUCUACGCAAAUCGAUGAUUCCAAAGAGGAUCAACGAAGGAUGGGGACUCCAGCAUAUGAAGCUCUACGGCGUCGACGACGAGAUAAUCAUGUCUGGGGCCAAUCUAUCUGACGACUAUUUCACCAACCGUCAAGAUCGAUAUCAUGUCUUCAAAUCGAAGGACGUCACAGACUUUUUCUACCGUGUCUACCGCACAGUCUCGGACAUGAGCUAUCGCGUCCUUCCUACGAGCGAAGGCAAUGGCUUCACAAUGGACUGGCCAACCACAAAUAUCCAGCCCGCUCCGCUAGAAGAUCCAAACGGUUAUGUCAAAGCGGCUACACAAGCACUAGCGCCACUGACGCGGCCGAUUGCCUCGUCCACAAAGACCGAGAAACCGAGCGACACUCACGUCUAUCCACUGCUUCAACUGACGCCUCUACUCAAGCCGGACACUUCGACAGAGCUUCCCGCACUCACCACCAUCCUCCGAAAGCUGGGCACACCCGAACUCGCAGGCUCAAAAUGGACCUUCACAGCCGGCUACUUCAACAUGACGCCCGAAGUCCGCCAACUCCUUCUCAACUCCUCACCUUCCUCAGCAACAGUCGUCGCCGCCUCACCAUGGGCCAACGGCUUCUACGGUAGCAAAGGUGUCAGCGGCAUGCUACCAGCAGCUUACACUCUCCUCUCCCGCCGCUUCCUCGACGCCGUGAACCAAGCAGGAUGGAGCCAACAGAUCGCGGUCAAAGAAUGGCGAAAGGGCACAGUCAAUACUCCCGGCGGCUGGACAUACCAUGCCAAAGGGAUCUGGAUCACUCUACCAGGACAGCAGAACCCAAGUAUCAGCCUCGUAGGGAGCUCAAAUUACACGAAACGCAGCUAUUCGCUAGAUCUAGAAGCCAACACGCUUAUCGUGACGAGUAAUCCGGAUCUGCAGAAGAGGCUUGGAGCCGAGGUGAAGUGGCUGCAGGAGUACACGACCACGAUGACGAGGGACGACUACGCGAAGACGGAGAGGAGAGUGGGGUUGCAUGUGAGAAUAGCCAUGUGGAUUGUAACAUUAGUUGGUGGGGCAUUAUAA